GCAAGAGGUCACUGACUAAGAAAUAGACUACUGCCCACUUAUGAACCAAAAAUGCAAUCAUCCCCUUCUUACUUAUCUCUUUCUGUUCUGUCCAUGUGAAUGAAUGAUAUAUGUGAAAAUCUAUUAGUCUUUCACAUUGAACUAAGAUGGCUGAGGCCGAAGUAGCAGCAGCUCUAACUAACAAUGAAUUUGAGCCUCAUCAAAAGAAGCCAUCAAGGAACAAAUAUGCCUUAGCUUGUGCUAUGCUUGCUUCCAUGACUUCCAUCCUCCUUGGUUACGAUAUUGGUGUGAUGAGUGGAGCAGCUAUGUACAUAAAGCGAGAUCUGAGAAUUUCGGAUGUGAAGAUUGAAAUCCUUGCCGGUAUAAUAAACUUGUACUCUCCAAUAGGUUCAUACAUAGCAGGAAGAACCUCCGAUUGGAUUGGUCGCCGUUACACUAUUAUACUGGCCGCCGUAAUUUUCUUCGUCGGAGCAAUUCUGAUGGGAUUUUCACCAAACUAUGCUUUCCUAAUGUUCGGCCGGUUUGUCGCCGGCAUAGGAAUCGGUUUUGCUUUCCUCAUUGCACCCGUUUACACCUCAGAAAUCUCUCCUACUUCUUCCCGUGGCUUCCUCUCUUCCUUGCCUGAGGUGUUUUUGAACGGAGGAAUAUUGCUUGGAUACAUCUCAAACUAUGCAUUUUCAAAGCUUUCACUUCGAAUGGGUUGGCGGUUGAUGCUAGGAGUAGGAGCGAUUCCUUCAAUGUUCCUAGCCGUGGCGGUUUUAGCCAUGCCGGAAUCACCAAGGUGGCUCGUUUCGGAGUGCAACGACGACGUCGUUCCCAUCACAAAGAAGAAGCAAGGCAAGGGUGUAUGGAAGGAGCUUCUCCUUUAUCCUACACCCGCGGUGCGCCACAUCUUCAUCGCUUCCUUAGGGAUUCACUUCUUUGCGCAAGCUACCGGCAUAGACGCCGUCGUUUUGUACAGUCCUAGAAUCUUCGAGAAGGCUGGGAUCAAAUCUGAUAAUAAAAAGCUUCUCGCAACGGUAGCCGUUGGAUUCGUCAAAACGGUUUUCAUCUUAGUGGCCACUUUUUUCCUGGAUCGUGUUGGAAGACGCAAGUUGCUGUUAAGCAGCGUUAGCGGUUUGAUAAUCUCGCUUCUAACCCUUGCGGUGAGUCUCACCGUAGUGAAUCGUUCGAAGACGACGUUGAACUGGGCCAUUGGGCUUAGCAUAGCCUCGGUUUUGUCCUAUGUGGGCUCGUUCUCGAUUGGGUCUGGGCCCAUUACGUGGGUUUAUAGUUCGGAGAUAUUUCCGUUGAGGCUGCGCGCUCAGGGUGUGGCUAUUGGAGCUGUGGUGAAUAGGGUCACCAGUGGAGUGAUCUCAAUGACCUUUUUGUCCCUCACGAAGGCAAUUACCACUGGUGGGGCAUUCUUUCUCUUUGCUGGAAUUGCAGCUGCUGCGUGGGUAUUUCACUAUACUCUGCUCCCUGAAACGCGCGGCAAAACUCUUGAAGAAAUUGAAGGAUCUUUCGGUAAUUUCUGCAGAAAAUCUAAGAAUAGUGCUAACGGGGAGGGACUUAACCGUAAUAGCACUGGUAAUGGCCAGAUCCAAUUGGGGACCAACGGCCAGAACCAGCCUUUGGCAAGUGUGGAUUAAUUUACUUAGGAGUAACAUAUCCGAAUAAUGAAAAUUAAAAUCACAAGAUGAAGAAAUUAGAAUCAUUUUAGGCUUUGUUUAUAAAGGUGCAAGUGUGUAACUGAGCUGUAACAGUUGUUUAUAAAGGUGUAAGUGUAAUUGAGCUGCAACACUUUCUGAUA